CAGCUGGAGUCCGGGCGGAACGUCGUCGUGAUGCCGGAGACGAGCCGGGUGGUGUACCACGUGCGCGCCCCCACUGUGCCCGAACUGGCCGCGCUGAUGAAGCGCGUCGAGGCGUGCCUCGAGGCGGCGGCCGAGGCCACCGACUGCUCGCUCGUGCAGGAGAAGAGCAUCGUCUACAAGGACUUCGUGCACAACAACGCUCUCAUCGCGAUCUACGCCAAGCACGCGCGUGACAUGGGCGUAACGUUCUCCGACCCUGACGACGCGCUCGUCGUUCCGUUUGGCGCCUCCUCGGACGCGGGCAACGCGUCACAGGCGCUACCCUUCCUACACGCCACGUUCGCCAUCCCCAGCGCCGGCAACAACCACACGCGGAGCUUCGCCUCGGCCGCGGGCUCUCGCGAAGCGCAGGCGUGCGCCCGCAAGGCGAUCAAGAUGCUGGCCCUCACGGCGCUGGACCUGUACACGAACCCCAAGCUCCUGGCCAGCGUCAAGCAGGAGUUCCAGGACUGGAAGGCCAAACACAAUGCGCAGGUGCAGCAGGGCCAGCAACGGCAAUAGUGCGGGGGACGAAAGCAGCUACGACGACAGGCAGUGGGACGGCAGAGUCUGCAGCAAGUACUGGCGAGGACGGCAACAAGUGCAGCUUCAACCGCAGUCGCUGCAACGUUAC